GUUGGCUCCUCUUGUAUUGAGACACUUGGUGCUUUAAAUUUCACAUUCUCUUCUUCUGCCUUUUCAUGGCCAGCCUCCCUCUCAAACCACAUAUAAAACCCUCUCACCACCCUUCCUGCCCCCUCAUUGUGGCCAUAGCUUCUUGAGCCUGCUCGGGUCCCUGUACAUACAUUUUUCUUUGUUCUGUUCACAGCAAGAGCUUGAUUGCUCAAAAAAAUGGAUCCAAUUAGCAUAGAGAAGAUCAAGGCCAUUAGGAAGUACAGGAGGAGCAGGAGGCAGCAGCAGCAGAAGCAGAAGCUGCUCCCUACUAUCACCCCUUACAUGGUGGCCACUUGUGUUCUUUGCCUGCUGCUCACUAGCCCUGCCUGGUUCCCCAAGCUGUGCUCACUCCUCAUGUCCUUCCUCACCACCCUCCCUGACCUGGCAACGGCCUUCUUGCUCAGCCCCAAGUGCCUCUUUGUUGUCGGCAACCUCAUCGUCGCCUUCCUCAUCAACGAGUCUAGGCUGGCGCCGAGGAGCCCGCCUGCUUCCCUAGUGGAUGUGGAUGGAAUCCACGAGGAGCACGUGAAGAGAAAUGUCACAUCGACGGCAACGACCACGGUGGUGUUCACAGAUCAAAGCGCUCAGGUUGGAGUAGUUUGGGAGGGAGAGGAGGAGGAAGAGGAGGAACAAGGAGAAGAGGAGCUGGAGAAGAGGGUGGACGACUUCAUCGCAAGGGUCAGGAGGCAGAGGAAGCUCGAAGCCAAGAGCUUCUUCGACACUGAUCGGUGACCAUGAAUGAUCUAGCUUACUUAAUUUCCUUGGUGUUUGAAGAUGCACGAGAAGAUUACUCCAAAUUAAGGACAUGUAAUACUGUGUGCUACUAUGCUUAAUUCUGUCAUGUUAGGGUCAGAGGUAAGAAGAACCUAUUCCACUGUCUUCUCGCGGUGUCUGAUUAAUUCUGGGGCAUAACAAUGCCCGGGAAUUAGGCAGAGAGGAGGAGAGAUAAGGAAUGUGUGUGAUCUUUUAAAAAGUAAGGAAAAAAGAAGUGAUGCAUGGUGUCUUUCUGUUA